UGUCUGCCGCGUGCCCGAGCCGUGAGUCUCCUCCGACGAGCUGAUGCCAUGUUGUCUCCAUAGCGACAAGAUCCCGGAAAUACAGGGUAAACUGUGGGCGCUGACUUUGUUGGUGACCAGCUUACUGCGCGUUCGUCCGCUUUGUUUGUUUGUUUGUUUGGUUCGUUUUUGUUUGUUCAAGUCAGUAAACAUGUCGGGGCCUAAAGAGGAGCUGGGAGAGCAGAGAGACAGCACGAAGAAAAAGAAGAAGAAGAAGAAGAAGACAGAAAGCGGAAAGAAGAGAAGGGAGAAGCAGCAGGAGGAAGAGGUGGAGGAGGAAGAGGUGCACAGUGACUGUAUUGUACUGCGUGGGAUCUUCAAACUGGGGAAGAAGAGUCACGACGUCCUGCUCACCCGAACCAGACUGACCUGGACUCCCAUCACCCCUGAGAUGCCAACAGGUGAGGCAUGUGUGCUCCAGCCAGGUGUGAUGCCAUUGCAGGACGUGUUUGCAGUGAAGGUGAAGCGGCGGCGAGCAGCGGGCCAAGAGUCAGGCGGACCCGUGCUCGGUGUGACCCUGUUCUGCUCCCGGCAGAGAGGGAGGAGGCUGGAGGAGGACACGCUUCACCUCCACAAUGCCUCUGCUGAACAUACGUACACCUGGUACAACACACUGAAGGAACUGGUCUCAGGCUUCAGCAGUCGUCCCAAGUGUCUGAAGGUGUUCAUCAACCCCAGCAGCCACAAGAAGGAGGCCGUGCACAUCUACAGGGAACACGUGGCUCCACUCUUCAAGAUGGCCGACGUCUCCACUGACAUCACAGUGACAGAGAAGAAGGGUCAUGCUCUCUCAGUGAUGAAGGAAUGCAAGCUGGAUGAAUUUGAUGGGGUGGUGUGUGUUGGGGGUGAUGGUUCAGUGGCAGAGGUGUGUCACGCUCUCGUCCUCAGAGCUCAGCUGGAUGCAGACUCUCCAGAGAAACCAGUGAAACCAGUGUUGCCACUGGGUAUCAUUCCUGCUGGUUCCACAAAUGUGGUUUCUUGUUCUGUUCAUGGAGUCAGAGAUCCGGUUACAGCAGCACUUCACAUCAUCUUGGGUCACCAGCAGCAGGUGGACAUGUGCAGCUUCUCCUCUCUUGGUCAGUUGGUGUGUUUCGGUUUCUCCGCCAUGUUUGGCUUUGGUGGCCAAAGCUUGGCACGGGCAGAGAAGAAGCGGUGGAUGCCAUCGUCACAGCGACGCGAGUACGCCCUGGUGAAGACGCUGGCUAGAUUAAAACCAGAGUACUGUCACCUGUCUUUCAUACCAGUGACGAAGACAACCAGGGAUCUGUUUGGCCACCAUAGUGAGGAUGAGGAUCUGGACCAGGAUCCAGGGUCAGUUGAUGCAGAGGGAGAGGGGACCUGGACGACCAUUAAGGGCCUUUAUCUGAACAUCAGUGUCAUGUCCAUACCCUGUCUGAGUCCACAUGCACCUCGAGGACUGGCUCCCAACACCAGUUUGGCAAAUGGCAGCGCGUCGCUGAUUGCAGUGGGAAACACUUCCAGGUCAGAGUUCAUCAAACACCUGAAGAGAUACAGCAGCUCCAGUGGACAGUUUAGCUUCUCCUUUGUGGAGACGCACACCGUGACCGCGGUGAGGAUCCGCCCUCGCUCGCAGAGAAGCUGGUCCGAGGAGGAGAGUGAGGGGGAGGAGGGCGACUCCAAAACGACGCCCAUCAUCCAGACAGAGGGAGCCACCUUCCCUUGGAACAUCGAUGGAGAACUUGUGGAGAUCGCUAACGAAGUGCUCAUUAGGGUCCACCCGAGACUCAUCACUCUGUAUGGAGAGGACAUGGAUGAAGCUGAAUCAACUGUGUCCUGCAGCUGCAUCUGAGUCCAGCCAGCCAGUGUGUGUGUGUGUGUGUGUGUGUAUUUGUUCCCUCUUUAGGUCGUUUGUCGGCAUAAAAACUGACCUUGUCAGGACCACUAGUCAUGGAGACCAAAACCUGAUCCCUGGGCAGAACCUCAUUUCUGAGGAGCUGGUUAUAAGGGAUAUUAUUUUAAUUUUGGGUCAGGUGAAGGUUUGAGUUAGACAUUAGGAUAACACUUUCUUUCGGCUGUCCAAAUGACUGGAGGUCAGUGCUGCAUCCUAUGAAGAAUAGUUGCACAAACCUGUGUAUUAGUGAGUGUUGGAAACAUGUGUCCAUGCUAAUAAUGACAUAAAAGUGCCCUGUAGGUGCUGUCAAUAGUAAUGAGAAUAUAUUUUUUAAAGUUUCAAAGUAGCAAAAAUGUUGCUGUUUCCUGUUAAAGCUGCAUUAUUAUAUAUAUAUUUUUGCCACUAUUUCUACUUUACUAACUUGUGAAUUUUAAGCCUUCGGCUUUUAAGCCAAAUUAAGUUUAUCAUUUCGUACAUUCUUAAUAAUAUUCAAAUGAAUGUUUACAUUUUUCUAUUUUGAAAUUAGGCAGCUUUUUUCCAAUGACUUGACAGUUAAUAGCAGUAAUGUGAAAUAACAAAAGAAUGGAAUGCAUUUAAUUAACUAUAACGUUUAAGGGAGUUAAAAAUAUCAAUGCGAGGUAAAAGGUUUAUGUUUGUUAAUACUAAAUGUUAAAGAGCUAUUUGUAUUUAACAUGCUAUUUUUAUGUAACUGAGAUGAUGAUAAUAUUUAGAUUCACAGCUGUGAUAAUGAGAAAAAGCAACACGUUGUUUAAAUAGAAAAUUAUUUUUAAUAUAGGUGUUGGGAAAAAUAAAAGCAGUGAGACUCUCCAGUGCAGAACAACUUCACAUAACCAAAAACAAUAACAUACUAACAUAUUAAUAAUAUUAAAAACAUCUCUGUGUGAUGUGCAUUUAUACGAAAGGAAAGAACAUUCGGGGGAGCACCUGUUGAAACUGCAUUCACAGAAUACAGGUAGUUAAAACAACACUUUUUAAUACUUUCAAUACCAUACCUGUUUUUUUAAUUUUUGUUUUUUUUCAAAUAGUGGUUUUCUGGUAAUCUUCUAAAAUUCAACACUGUGGCUCAUCUGUUCCUGUUCCUUUCAACUAGAGGUUCAGCCUUAACCCAGGUGUAGUUUAAUUCAUCAUUAUACAAAUCAACAAAUUAAACCUGGCGUCACCUAAACCAUC